AGGUGGCGGAGGAAGAAUUGUCGGCAUUGGCCUGGCCAGCGCUGGUUGGUGGCCUGGAGGAGGAUUUGAUUGGAAAACCAACGGUGCAGCUGGCCGCGGUGUCCCUGAGGUUGAGGGGACCGGGAAUAGGCUGGGGGGAGGACAGGACGGGCUGAGACUGGACGGGACCCCCGGUCUGCAGCAGCAGGGACAAUGAUAAGGAGAUUGGCCUGAAGGAGGGACCGUCCCUCCCGCGCGGAAUGCGAUGUUAAUUCUGGGGCAUUGAUGUUUUACAAUGCCUGAUCAAGAUAAAAAGGUGAAGACCACAGAAAAAUCAACUGAUAAAAAACAGCAAGAAAUCACCAUCAGGGACUAUUCAGAUCUUAAAAGACUUCGGUGCCUUUUGAACGUCCAAUCAAGCAAACAACAGCUUCCAGCCAUUAACUUCGAUAGUGCCCAAAAUAGCAUGACGAAGUCUGAGCCCGCCAUCAGGGCGGGUGGACACAGAGCUCGGGGUCAGUGGCAUGAAUCCACAGAAGCUGUUGAACUUGAAAAUUUUAGUAUAAACUACAAGAAUGAGAGAAAUUUCAGCAAACAUCCUCAGCGUAAACUAUUUCAGGAGAUCUUUACCGCCUUGGUGAAAAAUAGACUCAUAUGCAGAGAGUGGGUUAAUCGAGCCCCAUCUAUUCAUUUUCUGAGAGUGUUAAUCUGUCUGAGGCUACUAAUGAGGGAUCCAUGUUAUCAGGAAAUACUCCAUAGCUUGGGUGGGAUUGAAAACCUAGCUCAGUAUAUGGAGAUUGUAGCCAAUGAGUACCUCGGCUAUGGAGAAGAGCAGCACACUGUGGACAAGCUGGUCAACAUGACAUAUAUUUUUCAAAAACUUGCUGCAGUCAAAGAUCAAAGAGAAUGGGUCACCACAAGCGGAGCCCACAAGACAUUAGUAAAUUUACUUGGUGCCCGAGAUACUAAUGUUCUAUUGGGUUCCCUUCUGGCUCUGGCUAGUUUAGCAGAAAGUCAAGAAUGUAGGGAGAAGAUAAGUGAACUCAACAUUGUAGAAAAUCUGUUGAUGAUUUUACAUGAAUAUGACUUGCUUUCUAAAAGACUAACAGCGGAGUUGCUGCGCCUACUUUGUGCAGAGCCCCAGGUGAAAGAGCAGGUGAAGCUCUAUGAGGGGAUACCUGUCCUCCUCAGUCUGCUCCACUCUGACCACUUGAAGCUCCUCUGGAGCAUUGUCUGGAUUCUGGUACAGGUUUGUGAGGACCCUGAGACCAGCGUGGAAAUUCGCAUUUGGGGAGGCAUCAAACAGCUUCUUCAUAUUUUACGAGGAGACAGAAAUUUUGUUUCUGAUCACUCCUCCAUUGGAAGCCUGUCCAGUGCAAAUGCUGCAGGCCGAAUCCAGCAGCUUCAUUUAUCAGAAGACUUGAGCCCUAGGGAAAUACAAGAAAAUACUUUCUCACUUCAAGCAGCCUGCUGUGCUGCCCUCACUGAGCUGGUGCUCAAUGACACCAAUGCCCACCAGGUGGUUCAGGAAAAUGGUGUAUAUACAAUAGCAAAAUUUAUUUUACCAAAUAAGCAAAAGAAUGCAGCAAAAAGUAAUCUAUUACAGUGUUAUGCUUUCAGAGCCUUGAGAUUUCUCUUCAGUAUGGAAAGAAACAGACCACUCUUUAAAAGACUUUUCCCCACAGACUUGUUUGAGAUCUUCAUUGACAUAGGGCAUUAUGUACGUGAUAUCAGUGCUUAUGAAGAAUUGGUAUCCAAGCUGAAUUUAUUAGUGGAGGAUGAACUGAAGCAAAUUGCUGAAAAUAUUGAAAGCAUUAAUCAGAACAAAGCUCCUUCGAAAUAUAUAGGCAACUAUGCAAUUUUGGAUCAUCUUGGAAGUGGAGCUUUUGGCUGUGUUUACAAGGUUAGAAAGCGUAGUGGUCAAAAUCUUUUAGCAAUGAAAGAGGUCAAUUUACAUAACCCAGCAUUUGGAAAGGAUAAGAAAGAUCGAGACAGCAGUGUAAAGAAUAUUGUUUCUGAAUUAACAAUAAUUAAAGAGCAGCUUUAUCAUCCCAACAUUGUACGUUAUUACAAAACAUUUCUGGAAAAUGAUAGGUUGUACAUAGUUAUGGAGCUGAUAGAAGGAGCCCCGCUUGGAGAGCAUUUCAGUUCUUUGAAGGAAAAACAUCAGCAUUUUACUGAAGAAAGACUAUGGAAAAUAUUUAUACAGCUAUGCUUAGCUCUUCGAUACUUACACAAGGAGAAGAGGAUUGUCCAUAGAGAUCUGACACCAAACAACAUUAUGUUGGGGGAUAAGGACAAAGUAACAGUUACUGACUUUGGCCUGGCAAAGCAAAAACAAGAAAACAGUAAACUCACGUCUGUGGUUGGAACAAUCCUGUAUUCUUGCCCCGAGGUACUGAAGAGUGAGCCGUAUGGGGAGAAGGCUGAUGUCUGGGCAGUAGGCUGCAUCCUUUAUCAGAUGGCGACUUUGAGUCCCCCCUUCUACAGCACUAACAUGCUGUCCUUGGCUACAAAAAUAGUGGAGGCGGUAUAUGAACCAGUGCCAGAAGGUAUCUACUCUGAAAAAGUAACAGACACCAUCAGCAGGUGCCUCACUCCUGAUGCGGAAGCUCGUCCAGAUAUUGUAGAAGUCAGUUCGAUGAUAUCAGAUGUCAUGAUGAAAUAUUUAGACAACUUAUCUACAUCCCAGUUGUCCUUGGAAAAGAAGCUAGAACGAGAACGAAGACGCACACAAAGGUAUUUUAUGGAAGCCAACCGGAACACCGUCACAUGUCACCAUGAGCUGGCUGUUCUAAUUCACGAGACCUUUGAGAAGGCAAGUUUGAGUAGCAGCAGCAGUGGAGCAGCCAGCCUGAAAAGUGAACUUUCAGAAAGCGCAGACCUGCCCCCUGAAGGCUUCCAGGCCUCCUAUGGUAAAGACGAAGACAGGGCCUGUGACGAAAUCCUGUCAGAUGAUAACUUCAACCUGGAAAAUACUGAGAAAGAUACAUAUUCAGAGGUAGAUGAUGAAUUGGACAUUUCGGGUAACUCCAGCAGCUCCAGUUCAAGCCCUCUGAAAGAAUCUACAUUCAACAUUUUAAAGAGAAGUUUUAGUGCUUCAGGAGGAGAAAGACAAUCGCAAACAAGGGACUUCACUGGAGGAACAGGAUCAAGACCAAGACCAGCUUUGCUGCCUCUUGACCUGCUUCUGAAAGUGCCACCCCACAUGCUCAGGGCCCACAUUAAGGAACUAGAGGCCGAGUUAGUGACAGGGUGGCAGUCCCAUAGCCUUCCUGCUGUGAUUCUUCGAAAUCUCAAAGAUCAUGGGCCACAGAUGGGCACAUUCUUGUGGCAAGCAUCAGCAGGAAUUGCUGUGUCCCAGAGGAAAGUGCGUCAGAUCAGCGAUCCUAUUCAGCAGAUAUUAAUUCAGCUGCACAAAAUAAUCUAUAUCACACAGCUUCCUCCAGCUUUGCACCACAAUUUGAAAAGAAGGGUUAUAGAGAGAUUCAAGAAAUCCCUCUUCAGCCAGCAGAGUAACCCUUGUAAUUUGAAAUCUGAAAUUAAAAAGUUAUCUCAGGGAUCUCCAGAACCGAUUGAGCCCAACUUUUUCACAGCAGAUUACCAUUUAUUACAUCGUUCAUCCGGUGGAAACAGCCUGUCCCCAAAUGACCCUACAGGUUUACCAACCAGCAUUGAAUUGGAGGAAGGAAUAACAUAUGAACAGAUGCAGACUGUGAUUGAAGAAGUCCUUGAGGAAAGUGGCUAUUACAAUUUUACAUCUAACAGGUAUCAUUCCUAUCCAUGGGGGACCAAGAAUCACCCAACCAAAAGAUGAAAAUGCUGCAUUUUGAGUGGACUUGAUUUUCUCAGUGAAGUUCAAGUUCUGGACUUCAGCCGCUAUUGCAAGAUGCCCAAGGAUUGGGUGCUGCUAGAGGGUGUGGAAAAGACCAAGAUGCCAUGGGGCCUGCAGGACUUCUUUCUGGGGGUCCUGUGCUGGAGUAUAUGACAGCUGCAGUACUUGAGGGCUUCAUUGCCAGAACACAUUAUAUACAGGAUGUCAGAGCUAUCAGUGUGCUGCUGGGAGAAAAUGCUGCAAAAUUCAUCUUUUGGAGGGUGGGGGGAAAACCCAAAAACAACAACAAAAAAACUCUCUUACAGAAUUUUCCUUAACAUUAAAAAAAUACUUGUCAUAUUUUUCAAAGGCACAUUUGAUACUCAGAAUUGCUAAAAGUAUAUUUAAAGACAUCUAGCCUUCCAUAUGUAAAAAAUAUUUUAGAUAAAGACAGUUACAGGACUCAGAAUAAUAUAUUGGGUGAUUCACUGUAUCCUCCAUUUUUACAUUUAAAGAAAUUCAAAAUACGUUAUUAAUUUUUUUUUUUUAAUGGAUGGGUUGGUUCUCGCUUAACCACUUGGGUGCUAGUGGUCUUGAACUGUGAUACAGUGUAGACAGUAUUUGUAACCUUGCACAGCCUCUGGGGGUAACUGUCAAACUGUCAGAUUUAACUUAGACUAAUAGAAUAUAUUGCUGUACAGUGUGUGUAUAUGUUUAUAUGUGAGGGCGGAAGGAGAGAGGUUUUGAUUAGACUAAUGCUUUGCUGCUAAUCAAACUUAUAGUAUUUUUAGAGCACUUUGAAGAGUUUAUAGAAUCUAUGAAAAAGAUGCAAUAUUCCUCAUCCUAAAUCCCUCCUUAUUACAAUUACCUAAAUUGUUUAUGAAUUGUUUAGGAUUUUGAAAUGAAAAUAAGUUAAAUCCCUUUUUUACUCAUUGAGGCAGCUCAAUGGAAGUGAAAUCAGAAUGCCAAACUGUGUAUCAUCCUUUAUGCCGGGAGAAUUAUGAUGAAAAUCUGCUAGAUUCUCACUGGGCUUAAACUCCUUCUCUUCAAUCAGCUUCUUAAAACUCUGGUGUAAUGUCAAGAAAUACCCUUAUUGUGAAAUCUGUCUACACUUCUAGCUACCUAAAGAGCAAUUUAUUCUACAUAAUUAGUAAUCUGAAAGUUGAAAUUAUACUUUUUAUUUACUUUUCAUGGAGUUCUGUCAUCUUUAUUUACACUGAAUUUUUUUAGUAUGAUUGAAUCGAUUUUAGUUCAAUGUAUUUACAGUGGUUGAAAGACCAUAACCUUCUUUCUGUAUAGUAUGAAAAUCUACACUAUUUUUAAAUGAGCAUAUUUAAUACUUAAAUUAUAUCCAAAUUCCCUUUAAUCAUGCACUAAUGCUUUUGAAGAUUGUCAAUGGAUCUUUCUUUAAGCCAAAUUAACAAUUACAGAUACACUGUAAUGUAAGAUAAUAGAUGCAAAUACAGUAAUGAAAAUUUCAGUUUCAGCUUUCAAACUAAUUCUAUCCAUAUGUGAAAUUCAUAAAAUCAAAAUGCUAUGAUAUUGAUUUACCCAGGCAAAAUUUUAUUUCUGUUCCAAGUUCAUUUGAACCUGCACUUAUAAUUCUUUUUAUCUUUCAAUGUAUGAACGGGGCACGUUUCUUCUUCAUGCAGGAAGCACAGACCUGGAGGGGCACAAAUUCUAAUUGUGGGGUGAGAGUUUGAAAUCAAGUUAUUUCCCAAAUGGUAGUAUAUAGUAAACAGAAUUUAGGAAAGAAUAGUAUUCAAAAGGUGUACCGUGGUAAGAGAAGAUAAAUGGUUUACUUGAAGAUGUUUUAAAGUGUAUAUAGUUGGCCUUAUUGACCAGAAAGUGAGCAAAAUGUUUCCAUCUAACUCUUUUUUUUUUUUUUUUUUUUUAAGACAGAGUCUCACUCUGUUGCCCAGGCUUGAGUGCAAUGGCGAGAUCUUACCUUACUGCAACCUCCGCCACCCAGGUUCAAGCAAUUCUCCUGCCUCAGCCUCCCGAGUAACUGGGAUUACAGGCAUGUGCUGCCAUGCCCAGCUAAUUUUUGUAUUUUUAGUAGAGAUGGGGUUACACCAUGUUGGCCAGGCUGGUCUCAAACUCCUGACCUCAGGUGAUCUGCCCGCCUCGGCCUCCCAAAGUGCUGGGAUUAGAGGCGUGAGCCACUGUGCCCAGCCAUUGCAUGUAACUCUUUUAGGUGAUAGGAAUGGGCAUUUAUUAUGCUAGAAGUCAGUGAAAGUUAAGUAAGCAGAAGCUGUCCUUUUUAACAACAGCUUCAGGCCUAUCAACUCUAUGUGGAUAGAUGUAUUAUUUUGCUAAAAGUAUGAAUAUGCUCUAUUUGAAUUCUCCCUAAACUACCACAAUCACUGAGUCUAUAUUUUCCCAUGUCUCUAAGAGAAAGUCAGGCUCUGGCAAAAGCACCAUUUUGUACAUAGAGUCACAUCCCAACAGAGAAGUUAACUUUUCAGAAGCCUUUCUAACACAAAUAUGGAGCACCUCCCCUCAUGACCAAGAAUGAUCAUUUUGUUUUGAUUCUCCAAACUGUCUAUUAGUGCAAAGGAGUUGUUACAUGAACUUCAUAGACCUCUUAAUCUUUUCUUGAUUGCAUUUAUAUAUUUUUUCCCUUUCUCUUGUAUAAUUUUUGAUGAUUUGUUGUGCAAUGAAAUUCCUAUGAAUGCACCUAAUUUCCGUAACUGAAUAUUUGCAUGGAAUAGAAUAUGAAUCAGUCUUUUCAGAUUACUUUUGAAACACAAAUGCUCCCACUAAUUAUGUUUCGACCCACCAGCUCUUUCUGAAUUAUGUGUACUUGAAACCUUAAUUUGCUAUUUAAAAGCAAAAUGCUUCAUUCUCAGGGAAGUGACUGCAGCAGGAAUAUUUGCUUGCUUGUUAACUUUAUCUUCCUCCAGGCAUGUAGUCUUCAAAUGGAGUCUUCAAGGGAAUAGUAACGUGGACACUUGGACCCACUGCUUGUGGAUGAAUUUCAGAAACCUAGAGAAAUGCUGCUUGUUUAUUGUGGACACUUGUAUGGCAUUAGGCAGUGUUUACAGAAUGUUUAGGCAUUCUAAAGCAGAACACAAUUAAGAAACACUGUUAGGAAAUUUACUCAAAUGAUAUAAUUGAUUAAGAGUUAAGGUCUUCCUAUAAGUAUCAUCUAUGACUCAUUAAAUACUAUGAAUUUUGAUGUCCAAAAACAAAUACAGGACUGAUUAUGUACAAUUCCAGAAAUAUCAUUAAUUAAUCACCACUCAUUUUUAAGAUGUGUGAAGACUGUACUAUUGGCUAGUGAAUUUUAUCAGUAUUAAUAUGCAUAGAACCCACAUUCCUCUUUUUGAUUUGAUGUAUUAUAGCAUGUAUGUAUUGCUAUUUUUCUCUUUUUUUGAAGUGGUGAGGAAUCAUGCACAGUCAAUAUGCUGGGUUCCUUUAGAAAUGACUUUAGCUUCUGUCUGAAGGCAGGAAAAACUUCUUUUUAAGGAACUUUCAUCAUUGCCUUUUACUUUUUCUAUGAUGGUUUUCAUGAGCACUGAAAUCACUUGGAGAGGCAAUGCAAAGAAAUCUAUCUGAAACAGCUUCUUGGCACCCUGGAGUUACAGCUAUGAAGGGCUCCAACGUAAGGGAAGCUUAAUGCUUCCGAAUAUUGACUUUGACUCCUUGGGUGAAAUUCUGUCCAAAUAUAAAAUUCUUCACGUUCAACAACUAAAUGUAAUAAAUGAAUUUCAUAUAUACUUAUAUUAUAUCUUUGAGAUUAAAUUAAUUAUCCUUUUGUGGGAACUGACAGCUUUGGGUAGAUUAUUUUUUCAGUUGAAAUGUGUUGCUAACAAUAUGCUUACCCUUGAACGCUGUUUUUCAUAUUGAUAGGAAGACACAAAUUUCUCAGGGAAACAACUUUGUGAUAAAGGAAUUCUUAUGUGUGUCAUUACAGUAAAUUGCAUAUUGUAAAUA